AUGGACUCGGAUCCAUGGGCUGCUGCCCCUUCCACACCAAAAAUCCCAUCUGCCACUAGUAAUCCCUCAACUCCCGCUCGAGCGCAUCUCAGUGGUCCAUCUUCACCUAAACCGGUCUCUGUGGCCGCAUCUCCUAUUAUAACCUCUUCAUCAUCAUCGAUAGUCCCUGUUCCGCCGUCUGAACCUGCAAAUAUAGAGGAAGAUGACGGGGAAGAUGCGGAUGGAUUUGAUGAUUUCGAUGAUUUCGAUACUCCCGCUGCUGCAGGGAUAGCUGGACCUAGUGGAGUAGAAGAUGGAGAUGGAGAUGAGGGAUUUGGUGAUUUUGGUGAUUUUGAAGAAGGUGAUUUUGGUGAACCGCAAACUAUACUAGUAGACGAACCGCCAGAGAUCCAACCCGAAGAAAAAGAGCGCUGGCACGCAUUGAACCUGAGACCGUUCCCAACUAAAGGUGAACUGUUAGAUCAAUUGUCGAGCUUACUCUCUUCACUAUCAAGCGAGAGUCAAGAUUAUUUGACGGAUGAACAACCUCGUAUAGGAAAUGGAUUAUCUCAAGUCCUAGUUUCUGAAUCAAGUCGAGAUGCUUAUGCACAAUUGACCACUGCACCUAUUCUCAAACCACUCGAUUGGACACGAUCUAGAGUUAGAAGAGAACAUCUGAUAUCGAUGGGUGUACCUGUUAAUCUGGAUGAAGUCGACUCUCAUCGUCUUUCUGCACUUCCUCCUUUGCGUAUAACGACAAAUGUCCAUAAUAACCCUCCCAGUACAAAUACACGAAGAUCAGAAUCGUUAGAUGUGAAUAAUGGAAGAUAUAGUUCUUCCCAAAAAGGGAAAUCAAGAGAAGUUUCACCCAAUCCAGCUACGGCUCCUAAUAGUGCAGGUGGAAAUACGAACACCAAAGGAGUGGGAAAGUAUGGUCUGGGUAAUAAACCUGAUUUAGAUAUGGAUAAAGCUGAAGAGUAUUGUGGUUUGGAAGAAGAUCGACUAUCAUUACUACCCCUUGCAACAUUACGAAAACUACAAGAUGAUAUAGCGAAAAUAUCCGCUGCAGCUUCAGCUAGAUUAGCUUGGGAUUUACAAUUGAAAGAUGCCCAAACGCAGGAUUCCACAACAUAUAACGGUAUGAUAUCUGAACUCAUCGCGAAUGCCGCCAAGGUCAAAUCUGCUCAAUCAGGAGGAGGAGGAGUGUUCAGGAAAGCUUCGGUGAAAAGACCUCAAAGUGUCAGUGGUACAGUUACACCUAGAAGGACAGGUAGUCCUGGUAUGUGGUGA